CAAAGGCAUGUUUGACUUAGGGGAAUUCUGGCUGCGAAAGAUAGUGUAAAAGCGUCUCUUGUCAGCGUGAUCUGCUUGUCAAUUACAUAGAAGCAUGUCCCUCGAUCCUCAACAGUCACACUGGCUGAUCAGCGGUCAACAGUGGGCAGAAGAGCGCAGAAAUGAUUUACUGCAGGCAUGGCAGGUUCUGCAGACGUCUUAUGAGCAGAGAACGCUACCUUCUAGAGUUGACCUAACGCAAAGUGUAAUGUUGACGAGCUUGGGAGCUCUGCUGCUGCCAAACGUGCUGGUAAUCCUAGCAAGCAGGAAGGGCCGCAAGCUGGUGUUUGACACGGUGGAAACCAUCUUGGCAACUAUUCUUGUGUUCUUGCUGCUCUCCAUAGUGCUCGGUUUACCAAUAGGGGCUGUUUAUCUCAUGAUCAAGGCCAUCAGCUACUUUUUGGCAUCACUUUGGAGCCUGCCUGCUGUCCAAGCAGCUGUAGCUGCGGCCCGGAGCAGCUUUGCCAGCAGCUGACCUUUGGAGGGAUCAAAUCAAUAUCAUGAAUAGAGUGCUUUGUCAGAUGAACAUACAAAGAUGAGUGCCAAGCAGCCGCUCUGUUGAAUAACGGCGAUUUGCUGAAAGCUUGCCAUAAGACUGUUUCAACAUAAAUUGCGCAACUAUUACCAUAUGGAGAUCUCAGGAUCUAAAAUGAGUAUUUUAAUUGGCCAGACUC